CACUUUUUCACUACUUUUUCCCAUUGAAGGUGUUUUGACAAUUCCGCAGGUGGCAGUCGCAUCCCGUAUAACGGACCAGUACAUAUACGACAGUAGGCCUGUCAGCACGACUAUCUGUGGUACUCCCUCACUAAACUAGGACUGAAUAGUGACCAUGUGUAGCGUAGAGGAAGAUAUCCAACUCGAAGCUCAACUAAAACCGCAAAGCGGGCGAAGGCUUCUUGUGGAGGGCAAAUGUCACAAGUGCAAAAUAGAGCCGCCAGUGGUAGACACAAAGGGUGUUCAUUACUGCAGGAACUGUUUUAUUGAAAGCGUCCUGUAUAGAUUCAGGAUAAAUAUCAUGAAAUCCUCCAAAGGCCCGGACGGAAUGAAAGUGUUGAUUGCAUUUUCUGGAGGACCUUCGUCAAGACUUGUGAUUGAGGGAUUCAAGCGAUUCCAUACACUGGACUCUGAAAACAGCCGAAAGAAACGGAAGUUCUCGGAAAUCGUCAUAUGCCAUGUGGAUCAGUCUUCUGUAUUUGGCAAAGUAGUUGAUGCGAAGGAGGCGGGCAUCGAGAACCUUGUCAAAUCAUCAGGGUUCACGUACAUCCGCGUACCAAUCGAAAAUGUAUUCGCGGGGCCGGAUGGGGUUGAUCCUGGCUUUUUGGCUGCUUCGGGAGCAGACGCAAAUGACGCGAAUGCGCAUCGGAUGAACAUGGCUUACAUCGCAAACUCGAAUUUGACGCCCGCCGAAAGAUUACGACAAUGUUUCAACAGCCUCGGAAAACUGACAGCAAAGGAGGACAUGCUACAGACUUUGACGAUGAAGGCGGUGCUGGACACCGCAAGGGCGCAUGGUUGCUCAUUGGCGGCGCUUGGGGACAAUGCUACGCGGUUAGCCGUUAAAGUUGUCUCUUUGACAAGCAAAGGAAAUGGCUUCAGUUUGCCCUUGGAGAUGGCGGUCGCGUCGAAGUGGCAUAAAGAUAUUACCGUAAUCAAGCCACUACGCGACGUACUAGCUAAAGAGGUCGUUCUGUUCAACAAAUACGAGAAUCUGGACUACGCUGUUGUCCGAGACUUCACCACGGGGAUGCCGGCGAAGGCCAGUAUCGACCGCCUGACCGAAGCAUUCGUCAUCGGACUGCAGAACGACUUCCCAAUGACGGUCCCUACGGUUGUUCGGACGGGCGAGAAAGUUUCAUCCGAGUACUUGCUGGAGGACACUACGGUCUGUCCACUAUGUCAAGGACCUGUACAAUACGCAUCGAAGGACUGGCGGGCAAAUCACACUGUUGCCGUUAUUCCCACCUCGGAACCCUCGUCGACAGCGGAGUUACCGAACGCUUUCGCGAAAAUGAAUGUUGGAAGCUCUCCUCAUGCGAACGACUGCACACAAUCCUCGUGCUGCGCCUCGUGUCCUGAGACCUCUGGCGGAUGCUGCUCGUCAAAGCAACCGAAUUCAUCAGUAAUCGACAUAUCCCAGCAUAUCUGCUACGCCUGCCAGAAUCUUUGCCAGGACGCGAAGGACGCCGCCGUCGCAGCAACGCAGAAGCGUCUACCGCGCAAUGGCGCACAGCAGAACGGGGAUUCACCAGCAGAGACAAAGGCAAACGCCGACCUUCGGCUCAUACUGCCGCCUUAUGUGGCUCACGAGGUCACGAAACGAGUCGGCAGAGAUUGGAUGCGAGAUCAGAUUGCUGAUUUCUUGGUGGUUGAUGACGGUGCUGACGAGACGGAGUAACUUCUGCCCCUGGCUGUUGUUUUUCUCACGGCGGAGAGCUAGUCAUUUUUGGUAUAUCGAGUUCUAGGUCGUUCUGGGUCGUUCGGGGUCGUCGUAGAUACGAGGGUAAACAUGUAGGGAGUAGUUAUAGACUACGAUUCGGCAAUUUGAGAAGAUGGCGGUGCACCAGAGUAGCUCAGGAAGCUGCAUAGGAAGAACUUGGCACUCAGGGACAGUUGGGAGUUGCGGGCUCGAAGUUGUUGCAGAAGUGCCGAGAGCAACAACUCGAUCUCGCACCCACAUGAAGAUUGAUAU